UAACGAUUUACAUUUUAUAGUCGUAAUCAUAUGAUUGCGGAAUUAUUGUUGACAUAACCAAAAUCAGAUUGAUCUUGUUCUAUUUUUCUCUUCGUGAGUGACGUGCAGGUCCGAAAUUAACUGUGAGUCCUCCUGAUUACGUCGUUAAUCCUUGGACGAAGGUUGAAUGAAUGGAUAAGUGAUUAUUAUUGUUGACAAUGGGGUCGGGACGAUAAUUGGUUCGUUAAUUACGAGAAUUUCUGGGUGAAAAUCAGGGGAAAAUGGAGAAAAUUGGGGAGAAAGGGAGGAGCUCUGGUGUUGUUGAUGAUGUAGUGACGUUUUUGGAGAAGGAUUCCAGGGGUCUCCAGAUAUUCACGUAUGGAGUCACUGGGAUUGGGCUCAUGACUGCUCUGUACAGGAUAAGACCUCUCGCCAAGUUCUCAAAUCCAAUGAGAGUUCCAGCCCACUUCAUCAAGAAGCAGACAGUGCUUCGUGGGACAGCUGCAAGAAUAGAGCCUGGCACAACAUCACUGAUUUUAGUCGAUCAUAAACCACUGGUCCCCCUCCCAAGACUUGGAAAGCCGAGAUAUUUACCGGUUAAAAUAGCUGGAGUCGAUGUUAACAGUCAUGGGGUCAGUUGGCUGUCGACAGUCGUCCAAGGUAAUGCAGUAGAAUUCAUCCCAGUUCGAAAAACGAAAGACUUUUUAGAUUGCACAGUAAAAAUACCUCAGAAGGACCAGGAGCUCCUGGACGUUGGGAAAGAGCUGGUGAAGCUUGGCUUCGGCACAGUGGGUGAACUGUCCUCAAUUCCGGAGGACAAGGUCUUGAAAUCGUACAAAAAAGCUCUGGUGUCGGCUCAGAACUGGGCUAAAUCGAAACGCAAUGGCCAGUGGCACUUCCUCAUCCCCCCGACCCUGUCCUGGCGCCUGAGGAAUCUCCUCGAGGCCAAACUCCACCCGCGGACUUGACGAACAACGAUCUUCCCACCGAUACUGAGUUACUUAAUGUUGAAGAAGAAUUUUGUUGUUUCUACGGGGUUUCUGGCAUUAACGAAGCUGAGAGCCUCCAAUUUUCUCGAUAAUGCCGUUCGCCUGGUGCGAAUUAGUCUCACUAAAAUGAGUCUAAUGUACUAUUUAAUUAGAAGAGAUGAAGUGUCCAGAUAUUUUCGUAAAAUUAUGAAGAGGGAUUGAAUAAAUUUAUAUAGAGAUGAAA